AUGGCUCUGCCGUGUGCCAAGGUCGUGCCCGUCUUUGAGAUUGCGCUUAAGAAGCCCAGGCUACAGACAGGUGAGAAGGCCGGAGUCGAUCGAGAAAAUGUCCUACGUCGGUGGCUCUGUGUUCUGAGCCACUCACCUGGCGCCUCGAGGUUUGGGGGUUCUCAUAUGGGCGCAAGGCGAGUCCGACCCCUUGGGUGUCGUGGCGCAGGCCUUGGCAGGGAAAGCUACAUCGACUCUGCUCAAGCGAGCCCGUUUUUCUGCACGAUUCAUCUGCUGGGCCGACAAGCAUCAUAUGAAAGCUUUCAUUUCCCGAUGAGCCUCGUUUUUCUUGUGAGCUUCCUCAAACCACUUGCUGCCGAAGCCAGGAACAGUGCCAUUCGUGAGGCUAUGGAGACUGUGAAUUUCCUCGAACAUGUUCUAGGAAUUGAGAUCGAACAAGGAAUCGGCGACAACCCUUGGGUCAAGGGAGCGCUGCGAGGAGCCAACAUUCGCACCUGUGACCCGAAACGGUCGAGAGUCCUGAAGGUCGAGGAGGUGCUUCUCCUCGAAGGAGCGCUGAUAGACGGCGCCCUUGACAAGGUAGACAGGUACGCCACUGGAGUCUUCUUGUUCCAGCUUUACUCCAGGGCUCGAGUGUCGGAUCUGAGGAACAUUUCGAAGCUUGAGCUUGACCUUGAUGGCGAUACGGGUUUCAUCGAAGUCAGCACCUAUGAGCACAAGAAUUGCCGGCUGAGCAGUGGACCGGGGGCCGUGCUCAUUUUGGUUGCGCCGUAUCAUGGGCUUCACCAGAAGCCUUGGGGUGCCGCUUGGGUAGAGGCAGCGAAGGCCGUUGGCUUCGACUUCGAGAAAGGGCAUCGUGGGCCGUUGCUCCCCCGCCUAGCUUGCGAUUACUCUUGGAGCGGGGACGCCAUCGAUGCCAACGAGACCACUGCAUGGAUCAGGGCGUUGCUUUCUCGGCUGCAAGCGGCCGAAGAAGAUCUUACUUUCUCCUCGCACGGAUUGAAGGCGCAGCCGCUACGAGACCUUGCAGAAUGUCUUGGUGCCAUCCGGCAGGGGGUGUUCCACCCGGAUCGCACAAAGAGCGGGAUGAUUGCAGAUGGUGCGACCAUCCGUGAGUCGCGCUUCUCUUUGGCACCCAUGGGUCGGGCCAAUCCUUCGCCAUCUCACGAGAGCUUCGAGUGUGCCCCCGAGGUUGAGCUGGCCGAGGAUGGAGGCGUAGAGCCUCUUGAUGAUCAGGACUUGGGUGAACAAGAAGACGUUCACGAAGCCUCGAGCAGCGAGUCCGAGAGUUCUGGUGAGUCCGAGGAAGAGACUCAUUAUGAAAGUUUUGGAGCAGGCGAGGCGCAGAAUGCGAUCCCGUCUGUGAACAUGGGUCCUGAUUUAGACAUUUUUCAGAACCCGAAGACCAAGAGCCUUCACUCACGAGCGAAGGGUUCCACUGGCAAGUUGAUCUGUGGAAGGUCGCUUGACAAUAUGAAGCCUUUCAGUGGGAAGGUCUUCAGCAGUAGAUGGUUGUGCAAGCAAUGCACAGCAGGCCGACCCCUCCGCGACGCAGGGGCCAUGGCGAGUUUCAUCGCUAAGAAGCAGGGCACUUCUAAGUGA